UUUAUUCUGUGAAAGCAUCAGAGAACAAAUGCUAGUUAAAUGUUGUUCUCUAACAACUUGUUAGAGAACAAAUUGCAUCGUGAAUGGAUAAAGACCACAGCUUGGAGGUCCAACAUACACAAGCAGUGAUGCCAAGUAGGGGAAGCUGUGGGUGUGCUCCCUGCACCCCUAUGAAAGACAGAGAAAGUUUUUCAUUUAUUUUGAUUUUGCUACUUCAGUUUAUCUGUCUAUCACGUCAUGUAUUCAUCUCCCUGUGUUCUCCUACAUUAAUAUUCUUUUCCCAGUAUUUCUGUUGUGUUUCUCAUUUAUGUGUCUAAUACUUCACAAAUACAAAUCUAAAAAGUGUGGAGUGCAUUUGUAUUCAGCAGGCCUGAAUCAAUAAGCUGCAGCCACACCUUAAUGUUUUUACAAGCUUUGCACAUCAGGAAGGGAAUAUGUCUGCCCACUUAUCUUAACAAAACAACUCAAGCUCAGUCAGAUCGGUCAGGUUUAUAGUCAGUUCUUACCACAGACUAGAAACUAUAUGAAUGCGCUUUGACGUAAAACAUCUUUUCUGACUAAUGCUCACUUCGUCCAGCCUGUCAGCUUAUAUCUUCAGCCAUUUUUUGGUUACAGUCCAAAAAAAUGGACUGCAACCAAAAAAUGGUUGCAGUCCAUUUACAGACUGCAACCUGUCUGUUGCAGUCUGUUGCAUUGUGAUCACUUGUCAGAUGACAGGGUCAAACAGUUCACUCUCAUAUCCCCAAGGCGAGGGAUGUUGUUUCAUGUUUUCUCAAACACACAAUGCUCACAUUGUAGGCCAAAAGGUUCAACAUGCUUCUCACAUUAAUUUACAAUCUUCUCCACAACUUUCUCCAUGACCCGUCUGCUGUGUUCCUUGGUCCUCUUGAUGCAGUUGGUUCUGUAACAAACGUCUGAGGCCUUCACUGAAAACUCUAAUUAAUAAUGAGAGUAAAUCACAAAACUAAUUUACAAGGUUUACUUUUUACGUUUUUGAUCAUUGCUGUGCUUUAUUAUUGUUCAGGGCAUAAGAUUAAACAGGGCUGAAUACAAAUAUGCACAUCAUUUUCUCAGCAGAUAUAUUUUGUGAAACUUAGUAGCAAAAUUAUUUUCUUUGACUAGAAAAUUAGCUGACAAGUCUUUCUCAGGUUACAUAAUACAGGAACUCUAUGUUUCACGUCAUGUUUUAUGGUUAAAAGAAGGAAAUGAAAGUUUAUAAAAGAAACAGAGCAAAUUUUAACAACAAAGAAUAUUCAUUGAAUUUAGUGUUUUAUGUCGGUGUUUUAAUUGUGACAUAAAAGUGAAUGUAUACAAGAUUGUUUGACCAAAUUUUAGAGGAAUGGAUUCACAGUACAUCUUUCGUAGCCUCUUUUUUCUUUGCUUUAAUGCCCCAAUUAGAACAUUAACUUCAGUAAAGUGUGACAAAUUAACAGGGAUUUCUUAUUUCACAGUGACACCAGGACUCAAGAUACAUUAAAAGAGAAAGCAAAAACAAAAGACUCUUGGUAGAAAGUAUUUCAGGGAUAAAUUUUUCAUUUGUUCCAAAGCCAAAGGAAGAGUCAUUAUGUUGUCUUUUUUUAUUUCACACUUGGUUGGCCAUGACCUUUUAUCCCCUUUUUAUUUACUUCCUUAAAAAAUCGCUACAUCAUCUGACUCAGCAGCUUUUCUUGGAUGACGCUGAUGAAGCCCACCACCAGAGACAUUCUAGUAUCUUUUUGUUCGCAGGAGUUUUAUUGGAGUCCAGCGUUGUUCAAUAUUCUCCUGAAAAAUAUUAACAAUCAAAAUGUUUUACUUUGGCGGUAAGGAAUAAUGAAAGAGAUCAAGACAUAUAUUCUCAAUUAGAAGAAAAUGGAACAAUACCCUGUGUGCAGCAACCUAAUGAAAUGUAGAGUUGAGAAAGAGCAGAAAAAAAAUAAAUGUUAUUUUUCAUUAACCAAAAAAUAUGUGGUACUCCAGAUGAUGACAUGCAUGGAAACAAAUAACCCAAUAUACACACGUUGCCAGUAAAAUUUGUUACACAUUUACAUAUGGAAAUGAAGUCACUGUGACAAAAGUGAUAUAUCUGAUCAAAUGGAACCGGAUUUGUCUCUCGAAUAUGUACAUUUUAAAUACGAUGAUCAGGAAUAGUUUCUACAUCUAUAGGUGAAGUAAACAUUAUGGUGUCAACUCAGAUUAAUGCUCUAAGACAAAGAGCUGCACAUUCCCAGCCAGUAAGUAAAUUUUCCUCAGAUUUACUUUCACAACGACCUUCCACAAAAUCAAAAAACAAAUUAGCCCUGUGCCACUCAAAGAGACUUUAAGUGUUGAGCAACGGGAUGAUGAAAGCUUGCUGCGUCGGCUGUCAUGUGGUCGGGCUUGUUAAGACGCAUUCUGGUGGGAAGAAAGUGAGUUUCUGCCUCUUGAUCCAUUUCUGCAGCAUUUCAGUUUACCAAGGACUGACUGACUUCAGACCAGCAGAAGACUGAACAAUGGGCCAGAGAAGGAAAGUUGGAUCAACGAACACUCCCUCAUCUCAGACUGAAUCUGGAGACGCUUUUAAGGUCCACAGCCGGAAGCACAACAUCUGCAUGGUGUCAGACUUUUUCUAUCCAAAUAUGGGAGGAGUAGAAAGUCACAUUUACCAGCUGUCUCAGUGUCUGAUUGAAAAGGGACACAAGGUGGUAAUCGCCACGCACGCCUAUGGCAGUAGGAAAGGUAUCCGGUACCUGACCAACGGCCUGAAGGUCUACUACCUGCCCCUGCAAGUGAUGUACAACCAGUCCACAGCCACCACCUGCUUCCACAGCCUCCCUCUGCUGCGCUGUGUGUUUGUCAGGGAGCGCAUCACCGUGGUGCACGCACACAGCUCCUUCUCUGCUAUGGCCCACGAUGCACUGUUCCACGCCAAGACGUUGGGCCUGAACACGGUGUUCACUGACCACUCUCUCUUCGGCUUUGCUGACGUCAGCUCCGUGUUGACCAACAAGCUCCUGACUGUGUCGCUCUGUGAUACCAACCACAUCGUGUGCGUCUCGUACACCAGUAAGGAGAACACGGUUCUACGCGCAGCACUCAACCCAGAGAUCGUGUCCGUUAUCCCCAACGCUGUCGACCCCACGGAUUUCACCCCGGACCCGUCACAGCGUCCACCCGACCGGAUCACAAUUGUUGUCAUCAGCCGGCUUGUCUACCGUAAAGGAAUCGACCUGCUUGGCGGAAUAAUCCCAGAACUUUGCCUCAAACAUCCCGAUCUGCAUUUCUUAAUUGGCGGCGAGGGACCGAAGAGACUCGUGCUGGAGGAAGUGAGAGAAAAAUACCAACUUCAUGACAGGGUACGUCUGCUCGGUGCCCUGGAACAUAAAGACGUGCGAGGCGUCCUGGUUCAAGGUCACAUCUUCCUCAACACGUCGCUGACCGAGGCCUUCUGCAUGGCCAUCGUGGAGGGAGCCAGCUGUGGACUGCAGGUGGUGAGCACUCGUGUGGGUGGAAUUCCAGAGGUGUUGCCCGAGGAACUGAUCACACUGUGUGAGCCGACUGUUCGUUCCUUGUGUGCCGGUUUAGAGAAGGUAAUUUCCAAGCAGAGGUCUGGCUCGGUGCCCUCACCCGCCUCCAUCCACUCUCGGGUGAAGAACCUCUAUACGUGGAAAAAUGUGGCCGAGAGGACUGAAAAGGUGUAUGACAGAGUAGCUGGAGAAGAGGUGCUUCCACUGGACAGGAGGUUACGGAGACUCAGGUCUCACUGCGGCCCCGUUGCAGGCUCCCUUUUCGCCUUUUUUGCCGUGCUGGACUUCCUGUUCCUGCUGCUCCUGCGGUGGUUGGCACCAGACCGGCACAUGGACUUGGCUGUGGAUGCCACAGGUCCACAUGGACUGUGGAAGGAGAGUAGAAAGUCUAGCGAUGCUGGUUGCUAACGCGCCAUGAAGCGAAUUGCGUAAACAAGAACUUCUUAUCUCCGGCUCUUGAUGCCAUGUUGCAGAAGUCCAGCCGACGUUGUUGUGAAUGUGCUCAGGAGAAUCCUUAUCGGUGUUUACAUUUUAUUAACAAUAGGGACUUUGUGUUAAAGGUGUUUGUACACUUUUUAAAGAUUUAUACACCAUAUGGUUCAGUGCAAAAAAGUCCUCCUUUGUUUCUUUAUACUUUCCUUUAAAAUUUAAAGAAAGUAUAAAGAAACUCCUUUUAAAAUGUAUUUAAAACUGGUCUUGAUUUGUAGUUCUGAAUUGUUUUGGGUGGAAUAUCUUUGUAGUUUAUAUAUUUACAAUUUCGCAGGUUGACAGUUUAUUUCUAAUCCUUAUUUUUUCUCCUCCACAUUGUCUGCUUUUUACGUAUUUGUUGAAACCGUCACUAUGUCAUAACACUAUGGUACAAAACAUAAUCUUUGGAAAAAAUAGUGCUCCUCUGUUUUCUCCCAGUGAUAAUCAGAGCCAGGUGGCAGGCCUUCGCACCAUCAAUCACAAACUAGUGUGGCGCUACUCAUCCUCUCUCCCCACCUCUCUGCUACGCUGCAGCUAGCAAAGCCUGUUGUGAAUGCUCAGUAUAGUUGUCAUGGUCAUUGUUGAUGGUGAAUAAAUGGUUUUCUUGUAGCGGUAAGUUGUUUCUCCCCCAUUAGCACACUUAGGAGUGAGUACAUGAGGAUGAUUGAUAGCGCUAAGACCCUCCUCCUGUUUCGGAUUGGUUGUUAUUGAUCAGGCAGCUCUGGGAAGAGGUGCAGGAGAUUGAUCUUUUCACAAAUUAUCUUUCUCAUAAGCUACUGUCACAACAUGGUGACAGUUUUAACAAAUAUGUAAAAAAAAAAAUCAUAUUUAUAAAAGUUACAUAUUGCAGCUUUCACUCAUUUUUACCCACAUACUGCCCAAGUACCAGAACUGCAUACUGGUCAUAGAAUGAGCACAAAAAAAAAAGCAGGGAGAGUCCAAAGGAAACUAUUGAUGAAUGUUCAAACAGUCUUGAAAACUACAGAUUAAGACAGCUGUAAAAACUUGAGACAGAAAUCUGACUCUCUGGAAAAGAAGCAUGAAGAACUCAUAUUUUAAUCUUUUGCACAGUGCCAUUAUUGCACAGAAAGAAAGAAAGAAA